AUGUCAAGACAGUCGGAAAACAAUUCCAAGACAGUGAAAACUGUAGCAUUCGAUCACUGUUCGGUUACCAAAGACUGUAUAUGCUGCGCUUCCGAUUUAGGCCUCAGCGGUGCAAAUAAUGCGGAUGCGACGGAUGCCAGUAAGAGCACGAUGACUGCCGAUGUACGACGGGAUCUAUUCAAAACGUUUUGGGACAAAUACUCGGAUAAACCUGACACUAACUCAAUGAUGCUUAAUCAAACUGCUAACGAUCUCGAAGCAAGUGACAGAGCAGAAAUACUCUCCAGCUUACCUCUUCUCACAAACAAGGAUGUUGUCGAUAUUGGAGCAGGGAUCGGGCGUUUCACAACCGUGCUAGCAGAAACCGCGCGUUGGGUGCUUUCGACAGACUUCAUUGAGUCGUUCAUCGCUAAGAAUCAGGAACGAAACGCUCAUUUGGGUAAUAUCAGCUACCAAAUAGGUGAUGCUGUUCAUUUGGAAAUGGAGGAAAAAAGUGUUGAUUUGGUAUUCACUAAUUGGCUAAUGAUGUACCUCUGCGACAAAGAGGUGAUUGAGUUUCUUUUCAACGCUAUGAGAUGGCUUCGAGCUGACGGUUACCUUCAUCUUAGGGAGAGUUGCUCUGAGCCCAGUACUGGUCGUUCAAAACAGAGCACUAUGCAUUCAACUGUUGAGACAAAUCCUACUCACUACCGAUUCUCUUCGCUCUAUAUCAAGCUUCUCCGCGCCAUUCGGUAUCGCGACUCGGAUGGGAAAGUAUGGCGAUUCGAUGUGCAAUGGAGUUGUUCCGUACCGACUUACAUCAGGCGAUCCAAUAAUUGGCGUCAAGUUCAUUGGUUGACAAAGAAAGUGCCAGCUGACGGAGACGAAGAAACUACUGUUAACGAUUUGCUCAAGUUGUUCAGCGAAGCCUGGCAUGCCGAACAACUGGCGUGGGACGCGAAACUCGAUAGUGAGAAAUACGUAUGGACUGACAAGAUUUUUUCAAACGCCAUUGACGAUGAAAUAGUGCCGAAAAAUGGUACUGCUUAUGUGUUCACACCUAGACAGAUCUCACCUUAUCUGCACAUUAACUCACACCUUUUGGCUGAGAAGUUCACAUGUAACGUUUGGAAUGUUGAAACGAAAGAGUAUUUAUACAGGACCUCGCUAACGAGGGCGAACAAUCAGAAAGAUCAGCGAGUAAGGUUCGGCUGGAACGAAACGUUAGCGUCAUCAAUUGAUUACUGGACCCAACGCGAUGCCUCAUUUGACUGUCUCAUUGCCACCGAGCUUCUCUCAACCAGUGACGAUGAGGGUGUGAAGAGGAUAGCAAAUAUUAUGAAGCCUGAAGCUAAACUGGUCUUGCUCGAACCUGUGCACGAUGUGGAUGAGGAAUCUAUUAGGAAGCGAAUGACUUCUUGUGGCUUUAAAAAUAUCUCAAUCUUGGACGUCACGGAUGAAUGCAAAGCUGCCGAAACCACCUAUGCCAGCGAUCAUAAAUUGCAAGUCGAAUCUUGCGACUGUAAUUACCUUCUCAUCAAAGCCUCACUCUGA